AUGACUACAUUAACAUUUAUACAUUAUAAAAAAACCCAGUUUCAAAUAAUAACACUAUUACUAUUAUUUAUUCUAUUAUUUUUUGGAUUAACUUUCAAGGCCAUUGAAGUGUUCAAAUAUUUAAAUGUAAAAAUAUUAUUUUAUAUAGGAAUAUUAUCAAUUUAUGUAUAUCAUGAAUUAUAUUGGAAAAGAAAAAAUUUACCACCAGGACCUGUUCCAUGGCUAAUAGCAGGAAAUAUGCCACAAUUAUUAUUAUCAAUUAAUAAUGUUGAUAAAAAAUUUCUAGAAUGGAAAAAAAUUUAUGGUGGACAAUAUACCUUUUGGAUGGGUCCAAUUCCAAUGGUUUUUGUGGCAGAUGUUGAAACAAUGAAAUUAUAUUUUUCCAAAAAUGGUGAAUAUUUUAGUAAUCGUUGGCUUAAUUAUAUUACAGAUACUUUUAUGGAAGGAUUUAAUGGUGUGUUACAAAUUCAUGGUGACAAAUGGAGAGAACAAAGAAGAUUUUCAUUGCAUGUUUUACGUGAUUUUGGUGUUGGACGUGCUGAAAUAGAAAAAAGAGUUAUGUAUGAAGUUGAAAAAAUGAUAGAAGUUUUAAAAAAAGAUUGUAAUUCAAAGCCACUUGACUUACAUACUUAUUUUGCUUCAUGUGUUGGUAAUAUAAUUAUAACAAUCUUAUUUGGUAAAAGAUAUAAUCAUGAUGAUCCUUUAUUUAUUGAAUUGAGAGAUUUAUUAGAAAAACAAACACAACUUGUCAUUGAACCUAUUAUGGGUCUUUAUUGUGUUUUACCAUUAUCAACAAAAAUUCCAUUUAUAAAUAGUAAAUGGAAUGAAUUAAUGGGAAUGAAAAAAAAAUUAUUUGAUUUUAUUAAUGAACAAUUAAAAGAACAUGAAGAAACUUUUGAUCCAUCAGCAGAACCAACUGAUUUUACAUAUGCUUAUUUAAAAGAAAUAUAUGAAAGAGUAUCAACAAAUAGUGAUAUUGGUUAUUUUUCAAUUAAACAAUUAAGAUCACUUUUAUUAGAUCUUUUUUUUGCUGGUAUGGAGACAACAGUAACAACAUUAAAAUGGGGUUUCUUAUUUUUAUCACGUCAUCCAGAGGAAUUAGAAAAAGUUCAAAAAGAAUUAAAUGACUUACCGAAUGUCAUAAAAAUGAGUGAUCGUAACAAUCUUCCUUAUCUUCAGGCAAUGACAAAUGAAAUUCAAAGGACAGCAAAUAUAUUGACUUUUAAUUUAUUAAGAACAACAUCAACGGAUGUUUUUAUAGAUGGUUAUUUAUUUAAAAAAGGAACAAUGGUAUUACCAAUGAUAUCUAUAGUUAUGAAUGAUUCAAAAUAUUUUGAAGAUCCAGAACAAUUUAAUCCCUCAAGAUUUUUAGAUGAUGAAGGAAAUCAAAAAAAGUUAGAUGGUUUUAUGCCUUUUUCAAUAGGAAAAAGACAAUGUCUUGGGGAAAGUUUAGCUAAAGCAGAAUUAUAUCUGGUAUUGGCAAAUUUUUUAAGAAAUUUUAAUAUAAAACCUGAUCCAGAAAAUAAAAAUCCUUCAACAAAACGUAUUCUUGGCAUUACUUGUUCACCACAAAAAUAUAAAUUAUUAAUUACAAAACGUAAUUAA